AUGCAUUCCUCAGCCGCCUUUGUCUUUGCGUUGCUUGCUCUGUCAGGCCGCAGUGCCGCAGACUGCCUCUCAUAUGGCUAUGACUUCGUGGAUGGCGGAGGACCCUAUUGUAUCAACACGACGUCGACAUCAUACUUCACCUUCGGCACGGAGUUCUUUGGCUGCCAGCCAAGCGAUGUCCAGGAUGCGGUCACGCCGAUUCUCAUUGACCCCAAUGGCGAUGAGUACUUCUGCUCCGAUAUAGGAGUGCAGCCUGAUGGACAAGAUAUGGUGUCGAUAUGUAAUGUCGCCGGGAACGAAUUGACCAGGAACAACAUGUUCUCGGGAACGUGGACUGCCAUUAUGGAGGGCUUGACCUUCGCAUACAUGCGGUCAUUCGCGAUCAUUGCCGCACCACCGGUGACAGUAACAUCCACGCCUACUGCCACGUUCACGGUCACGACGACGCCUUCUACGACGAUAACUUCGACCAUCACCAACGUUUUCUCAACCACUGCGCCUGCUUCUACCGUCACUGUCCCCACAAGCACCUCGACCCGGACCAUCACGACCAGCCCGGCUCAGACAACGGUAUACUGGACCUCGACCUCAACACGGACGCGCACCACGAGGGUCUUCUCCAAGACCGUUUCCACUACUACCGUCACCACCUCGUGCCAGACUCAAACACCUUCGAAGGAUCCAGUAUGUACCAUCCGGCCCACCAAGGCUACCCUUGCAGCAGCCGCUUCGACAAUCAGCAUGGUUCCUCGGCAAUGGACAAGGCAGUUCCAGAGGCCAGGAAAUGGCCGCAGCGGCUGGGGUACGGUCUGCCGUGCUUUGACACCCCAGCAGAUGCUGAUGACUAUAGAUAUGUGUACCACGACGGUGGUCGACACUGCAAAGGCUGUCUCAUCGUACACCACUGUCACAGCACCCACAAGCACCGAGAUUGAUACCGAAAAUGCGACAACCACCACCACUAUUACGCCGCCACCGGUCACGGCUUACAGUGGCAAGGCGAAGACCACGGUCACCAUCACGGCUCCAACGCCCACACGCACACGCACUGCUCGCACGUACGAGACUGUUUGGACAACCUCCACCGUAUGGGCAACGAUCACGUCAACUGUCAAGACACCGCCGUCGGGAUGGGUGUGUGCUACUACUGCAGCACACUGA